AUGGACCGUUUCGAUUUUUCCGGCGUUCCGACCGAAGGGCUCGCCACCUCGCCGCAGAUCCAGGCGGCCAGCGACUGGUUCACGCGCCAGGGCUACGUCAUUCUCCACAAUGUCUUUCCGGCGGAAACCAUCCGCGCGCUUCAUGCGGAGUUCUUCCAGGACUACCAGGACCAGAUCCAGGACGAGGAAGCGGCCGAUUCUCUGAAGGUGGGCGGCCGCCGUUUCAUGAUACCGCUGCGAUUUUCCGGCGCCCUCGGCGCUCCCGGCGUCUUUGCCAAUCCCUACGUGCUGGCCCUGGUUCGCUCGGUGCUCGACGAAGCGGCCAUCAUCGAUGCGUUCGGCGCGAUCCUGUCGCUGAGCGGCGCCGAGGACCAGCACAUCCAUCACGACGGGCCGAUCCUGUUCAAUUCCGAGAUUUCGCGCCUGCUGCCGACCUAUGCCCUGACCUUCGGCCUGCCUCUGAUCGAGAUGAACGACCUGUCGGGGACCACGGCGAUCUGGCCGGGCAGUCACCGACGCGGCAGCCAUGAAGGUCACGAGCCGUUGCGUCCCGUGAUUCCGCUGGGCUCCUGCAUGCUGUGGGACUAUCGCACCUAUCACAGCGGCACAUCCAACCGCUCCGGCCAGGUCCGGCCGAUGGUCUACGCCACCUACGCACGACGCUGGUAUCAGGAUCCGGUGAACUUCCGGAAGGAAACGAUCCCCCGACUGGUCUUCGAGCGGGGAUUCCUGCCCGGACUGACGGACGAUCUUCGGCCGCUUUUCGCCCAUGUGCGAUCCGCCGGAUGA